AUGCUCCGUCUCUUCAAACGGUUCAACACCUCGCUCGCCCUCGGCAAAGUUUCCAACGAGUACGUCACAGUGGUGCUCAAUAAGGAACACACACUUGUGUACAGCACAGUGUUUCUUCGUGAUUCGUGCCGGUCGCCAGAAUCCGUAGACCCACACUCGCAGCAGAAGUUGUUCACCACGGCUGAAAUCUCCAAGAACCUCCAGAUCAACUCACCUCCCAAAAUUAUCACCAGUGCAAACAACGAACCGGCGUUGCAAAUCGAAUGGAACCAAGGAGGCAAGCUCCACACCUCAGAAUACCCACACAGCUUCCUCGAGCGCUAUUCCGAUGUCACCAGCCGUAGGCGUGACAAGUUCUUCGAGGCGACCAGGAAGUUGUGGGCAAAGGACCAGAUUGACCGAGAUUUCGCCGCAACGAACGUGGAAUACUCGGAUUACGUCAAUAAUCAGCCAGAUUUCUUCAGGGUAGCCAACGUGCUCAAUGACGUUGGUAUCGCUUUCAUCAACAACGUGCCCCAUCCCACACUUAGCGAGAUGAACGAAGAGAACAGUCCAAACUGGCCAAUUUCCACCAUAGCGAACAAAUUUGGCUACAUCAAAAAAACGUUCUACGGCACCCUCUUUGACGUCAAAAACAAGAAGGACGCUACCAAUAUCGCCUACACCAACAGUUUCUUGCCAUUGCACAUGGACUUGCUCUACUACGAGUCGCCACCCGGCUUGCAGUUCUUGCACGCCAUCCAAAACUCCACUCUUGGUGGAGAAAACGUCUUCUGUGAUAGCUUCUUGGCCGCUCAGCAUGUGCGAGAAAAGGACCCCGAGGCGUACUUCGCCUUGACGGAGGUGCCAAUCACCUUCCAGUACGACAAUGACAACGAAUACUACUACUACCAAAGACCAUUGAUAGUGGAAAAAGAGUUGAUCGACCCAGCCACGAACUAUCCCUACAUCAAGGAGGUCAACUACUCGCCUCCAUUCCAAGGGCCGUUUGAGUUGGGAAUCACGAAGAACAAUAAGAACUCGGCCCACCACUUAUUCAAGGACUUCACACGAGGCUUACAGUUGUUCGAAGACUUUAUCAACGACCCUCAGAACCAGUUGCAGGUCAAAUUGAAAGAGGGGACAUGUGUAGUUUUCGACAACAGGCGAGUUUUGCACUCGAGAUUGGAGUUUUCUGACGAAAAUGGAGGUGAUAGAUGGUUGAUGGGAUGCUAUGUUGAUGGGGACAGUUUCAGGUCCAGGGUCAGAAUUGCAAGGAGAGCACUGGCCUAG